AUGCUUUUUCCAGGGUCAAUUUUACCUGAUAUGGAAGGAGGUGAAGGGACUUAUAAAUACAAAAAUUCAUUACGAGCUACAGUAUGCGGAGAUGUUUCUAUUGAAAACGGCCAUGCUUCUGUAAUAAACAAAGGCCAGAUAAUCCCUAGAAUUGGAAAUAUUGUGCUGUGCAGAAUUGUCAAACUCACACUUAACAAUGCUCAAGCAAAUAUUUUGGCAGUAGAAGAAAGAGCUUUAAAAGGCUCAUUUUUAGGAAUUAUUAGAUUAUCUGAUGUAAGAAAGCAUGAAAUCGAAAAAUUGCAAAUUGAUAAAUGCUUCCAGCCUGGGGAUAUUGUUAAAGCAAGGAUCAUUUCACUUGGAGAUGCAAAAUCAUUUUACUUAUCAACCGCAGAAACAGAGUUAGGAGUUGUUUUGGCUUGAAAUAAUGGAGAAAGAUUGAUGCCUUAUAAUUGGGAAGAAAUGAUUGAUCUUCAAUCUUCUCAAAGAUUCCCAAGAAAAGUUGCGAAGCCAUUAAUAACGAGCUAA